AUGCCUACUACAACAGCAGAAACUCUCUCCCUCGUUACUCGAAACGUCACCGUUGCGCCCCUCGUCCUUCUCUCAGCCGUUGACCACUACAACCGAACUGUUUCUACCAAGACGAAGCGACGAGUAGUUGGUGUUCUUCUAGGACAAAAUGAUGGAAACGACGUGAGAGUGUCAAACAGUUUUGCUGUUCCCUUCGAGGAGGAUGAGAAGGACCCUUCAGUAUGGUUCCUUGACCACAACUACGUCGAGUCAAUGAACGACAUGUUCAAGAAAGUCAACGCCCGAGAGAAGCUUAUAGGAUGGUAUCACACUGGUCCCAAGCUACGUGCAUCCGAUUUGGAAAUCAAUGAGCUCUUCAAGCGCUACACACCCAACCCUCUGCUCGUUAUUGUCGAUGUUCAGCCCAAGGAGUCGGGAGUUCCUACAGAUGCUUACUUCGCCGUUGACGAGAUCAAGGACGACGGCACAACCACUGCCCGAACAUUUGUUCACACCCCUUCCGUUAUCGAGGCCGAGGAAGCAGAGGAAAUUGGUGUCGAGCACCUUCUAAGAGAUAUCCGCGACGUGGCCGCCGGCACAUUGUCCACACGAGUCACAAACCAGCUUCAAUCACUCCAGGGCUUGCACCUGCGCCUUCGAGAUAUUGGCACAUACCUCCAGAAGGUCCUCGACAGGCAACUACCAGUCAACCACGCGAUCCUCGGAAACUUGCAGGAUGUCUUCAACCUAUUGCCUAAUCUCUCGGCACCCGAAGGAGAUGGCAAGUCUGGCGGUGGCGAAUUGGCAUAUGCGAUGAGCGUCAAGACCAACGACCAGCUUAUGGCUAUUUACCUGAGCAGUCUGAUCCGCGCCAUCACAGCAUUCCACGAUCUGAUUGAGAACAAGAUCCAAAACAGACAACAGCAGGAGGAGAAGGAGGCUAAGAAGGAAGAGCUUAAUGGAAAGGAUGAGAAGAAGGAAGGUGCCAACGGUUCAAGUGGUGACACCAAGGAGGGCGCGGAAAAGGAUAAGGAGACUAAGAAAUAA